GGGUCACUUUCCCACAAUGCCUUUGGGGGACGCUGACAAGUGGAUCCAAGAUGGCGCAAAAGUAAAGGGAAGGAUUUGUGUUGCUGAGUCAUGGCAGACAGGAGACCAGAAAAGUCAUGUGAACAAGCAUGUGAAUACCUGAGAGUGCAGGAGUACGAGUUGGCAGCAAAACACUGCACAGAAGCGCUAGUUACCCUUAGCCAGUUUUCUUCCAUUUCAACGACGUUAUGCCAGCCAGAGAUAGAUCGAAUUCGCAUUGAAAGUCUUCUCUACAGGAUAGCCUGCCUUUUGCAACUUAAAAACUAUGACCAUGCGGAUGAAGACUGUAAAAAUGUGUUGGCAGAGGGACUGGCCAAGGGAGACGGGACACUACAAGCAGUGUUUCGCUGCAUGUACAUGGAAGGGAAGUUACAAGCGGUGUCCAGCAUUUUAUCAAAAUCCUUGAUGGGGGAAUCGUUGAAUGGGAUGGUAACAAAGGAUGUAACCAGAUUGAAAAUGCUUCUCGCAGAAAUGGAGGCAUCUAGCAAUAAAUUAAUAUCUGCAUAUUUAGAAGACACCGAAGAAGAUUCACAAGAUGGAUGGCAGUUCCGCCCUCCUCCCCGAGGGGUCACAUGUAGUGAAGAGUAUACUCUGUGUAAAAGGUUUGUAGAGCAGAAGAUCUGUAGAUAUGGAGCUCAAUGCACAUCUGCACACUCGCAGGAAGAGCUGGCCGAAUGGCAGAAACGCUACUCAUCUCGGCUGCUGCGUUUGAAACAGCAAAAAGAAAAUAAACAGUCGGUUGGGAAUUAUAUGGAAACUUUAAUUGAAAAAUGGAUGAACUCAUUAUCUCCGGAAAAAGUGCUCAGCGAAUCUGUGGAUGGAAUAUCUGUGGAACACAACCCCCAGCUAUCAGUGACUGUGACAACCAAGAAAUCUAGUCAGGCAUGGACUUUUAUCCUCCACUGUAAACCUGCACGCUUGCUGUAUCGAAUAGCCUUGCUCUAUGAUGCUCAUCGUCCUCAUUUUUCCAUUAUGACUGUAUCUGCUGGUGACCUGAACACCCAGGUGCUACAAGAGGUACCUGAAGAAUGCCAGGAGUGGCUAGGAGGCAAGAUCCCUCAGAAUGGAAUGGACCAUUGUGUAUAUAAAAUCAACAUACAAUUCAGCACAGAAAUCUUUGGAACUUUUCGCCAAACUGUAGUUUUUGACUUUGGAACUGAACCGGUCCUGAUGCAAAGGAUUAUGGUGGACGCUGCAUCGAUAGAAGAUUUGGAACACUUGAUGCAGGCGAGGCAGCAACUGCUUACCACAGCUAAACGAUGGGAUUCCACGUGUAAGACGAUUGUCGAGUUUGAGCCAAAUGAAACUACUGAUUUAGAGAGAAGUCUCCUCACCCGCUAUCAGAUCCCUUUGUCUGCAGACCAGCUCUUCACGCAAUCUGUACUCGACAAAUCAUUGACCAAAUCUAACUAUCAGUCCCGGUUACAUGACUUACUUUACAUUGAGGAAAUAGCACAAUAUAAGGAAGUCAGCAAGUUCAACAUAAAAGUAAAUUUAUAUCUGGUAGCAAACUUCAUGCUAACUGGUGUUGCAGGCGGUGCUAAAUAUGCUCAGAGUGGACAGCUUUUUGCUCGCUUCAAGCUAACGGAGACUCUUUCGGAAGAGACUUUGGCUGGACGAUUGGUAAUGACCAAAGUUAAUUCUGUUCUGCUGUUGCCAAUAACUAAAGAGAAGUCCGCGCAGGUCCAAGGAACCAAAGAGAAGGUCUAUGAAGCCAUGAUUGAGGAGAAAACAAAGGAAUGUAUCUAUUUGAGGUUGACGAAGGAAUGCUGUGAGGAGCUGAAACUACGAGCUGAUCGAGAAAUGCAGGUUGAACUUCAGUUUCAACUCAAUCGCUUACCGCUAUGUGAAAUGCAUUAUGCCCUGGACAGAAUCAAGGACAACAGCAUUCUCUUCCCAGAUGUCUGCAUGUUCCCCACCAUCCCCUGGAGCCCCAUCAGAACAAUGCACUCAUCAAGCAUGUCUGGAGCCUGGUUUGAUUCUUUGAUACAUUCAAGAAUGCAAUUAAACGCAGCAGAUUUUUUUGAUGGAAAACCCGCCUUUUCCCCACAUAUCACACAGUGGGAUGAGCAGUUGGACCCCCGGCUAAAUGCUAAACAGAAGGAGGCCAUUCUGGCCAUCACAACCCCACUUUCCAUCCCGCUCCCCCCUGUCCUCAUCAUCGGGCCCUAUGGAACAGGCAAAACGUUCACACUGGCUCAAGCAGUCAAGCACAUCCUCAAACAGCAGGAAAUGAGGAUUCUCAUCUGCACCCAUUCCAACAGUGCUGCUGAUUUAUAUAUAAAAGAUUAUCUCCAUCCUUAUGUAGAAGCAGGAAAUCCACAGGCCAGGCCUCUCAGGGUGUAUUUCAGAAAUCGGUGGGUGAAGACUGUACAUCCGGUCGUGCAGCAGUACUGUUUGAUAUCAAACACACAUUCCACCUUCCAGAUGCCACAGAAAGAGGAUAUUUUGAAACAUCGAGUGGUGGUUGUAACUCUUAGUACAUCGCAAUAUCUUUGCCAGUUAGACCUUGAAGUAGGUUUAUUCACUCAUAUACUUUUGGAUGAAGCCGCUCAAGCAAUGGAAUGUGAGACCAUUAUGCCUUUGGCUCUUGCCAGUAAGAACACAAGAAUUGUUUUAGCUGGGGAUCAUAUGCAGCUUAGUCCCUUUGUGUACAGUGAAUUUGCCAGGGAGAGAAACCUUCAUGUCUCGUUGCUGGAUCGUCUGUAUGAACACUACCCCUCAGAGUUUCCUUGCAGAAUACUACUGUGCGAGAACUACCGCUCCCAUGAAGCUAUUAUCAGUUACACUUCUGAACUGUUCUAUGAGGGUAAAUUGAUGGCCAGUGGAAAGCAACCAGCACACAAAGAUUUCUAUCCACUGACUUUCUUCACGGCCCGAGGUGAAGAUGUUCAAGAAAAGAACAGCACUGCUUUCUACAACAAUUCAGAGGUGUUUGAAAUCGUGGAACGCGUUGAGGAAAUCAGGAAGAAAUGGCCUGUUGCGUGGGGAAAAUUGGACGAGGGCAGCAUUGGAGUGGUGACGCCAUACGCUGACCAGGUGUUUCGGAUUCGAUCAGAACUUCGCAAGAAAAGACUGUCAGAAGUCAGCGUGGAGCGAGUGUUGAAUGUUCAAGGCAAACAGUUCAGAGUUUUGUUUCUCAGCACAGUGAGGACAAGACACACGUGUAAACAUAAGCAGACGCCAAUUAAGAGGAAAGAACAAUUAGUGGAGGAUUCCACCGAGGACUUGGACUAUGGCUUUCUGUCCAACUACAAACUGCUUAACACUGCCAUCACCAGAGCGCAAUCCCUGGUGGCCGUGGUUGGAGACCCAAUAGCUUUAUGUUCGGUUGGGAGAUGCAGGAAAUUCUGGGAAAGCUUCAUCACUAUCUGUCAUGAGAACAGCAGUCUCCAUGGCAUCACAUUUGAACAGAUCAAGGCUCAGCUGGAAGCACUGGAGUUGAAGAAGACCUAUGUCCUUAAUCCUCUGGCUCCAGAAUUCAUCCCUCGAGCUCUCCGAAUCCAGCAGCCAGCAAGCGCUAGCAAACAACAACAACAGCAGCAGCAGCAGCAGCAGCAGCAGCCAUCUCCUCCCAAGAAUAAAGCCCACCACCAUAACCAGAGCGAACAUUUUCCAACCGAUGGAUUUGUUCAACCCAAUCCCACAGUAUUGAUCGGAAAUCCCAUCAGAGCCUACACCCCACCUCUUGGGGCUCACCCACCCCUCGGUAAAUCACCCAGCCCUGUGCAGCGGAUAGAUCCUCACACAGGGACUAGCAUCUUGUAUGUGCCUGCUGUCUAUGGAGGAAAUAUGGUGAUGUCUGUGCCUUUGUCGGUUCCCUGGCCGGGUUAUCAAGGCCGUUUUGCAGUUGAUCCGCGUAUUAUGACUCACCAAGCAGCCAUGGCGUACAACAUGAACCUGCUCCAGGCUCACGGGCGCGGAUCUCCCAUCCCAUACGGUCUCGGUCAUCACUCUCCACUUGGGCUCGGGCAGCAACAUUCAGACAAGGAGCUUGAACAAAGCAGAGCUGCAAAAAGUGAAGGAAACGUAAGACCUGAACAAAAUAGACUUCAAACACCUGAGAAGAAGCCGCCCGAUUCGAAAGAGAAGCAGACAGAUCCUGAGUUGCUGGUUCAGAACAGAAGCCCGGAAUUGCACUCCAAUCUAGGCUAUCCCAUCCCUCGAUUUCACCGAAAGGACAAUCUCCCUCAAAGACAGCUCAAUUACCACCUGGCUCCUUCCCACCCGCCACCAUACCAUCACCCUUCCAAUCGCCAGUACCCUCACCAGCCAGCCGUACCCAGACAGACAUACCCCAUGCAGCCCCAUCAGCUGCCACAGCAACACGGUCAGAUACAGCAACAGCCUCCCCCAUCGCAGCUCUCCCCCGCUUACCCGCAAGUCCCCAACCACAGUUUUUUCCCGAGUGCUCAUUCUCACCAGUCCCAGCAUUCCCCGAACGCUGACAGCAUGUGUCCAGAUCAGCCCCUCCCAGGGCUGCUGCAGGAGGAGCUGAACCCUCUGAGAUCAGUGCCACACUUCGCUAACCCCCAGGCUCGUCCCUUCAACUUCAUUGAAGACAGUACCUCAACACCAGGACCAGGCAUGGGAGAUAUCUUAGAACCUCUGCACACCAACCCUGCCGAGGAUCUGAUGAGACAACACUCGAGGAUGCACCAGUGGAACGAGCACUCAGACUAUCUGAACGCAGGCAAUGCCCCACCGUAUCCUCCCCCACAGCAGCAGCUCCCCCACCCACCCCAGCAACACGUCAGGUAUCCACAGCAGCCGCUCAAAGGGCAGUGGAAGUACAGCAACAGUUCCGAGGAGGAGAAUGGUCCGACAUAUCAGAGAUUCCCAGGUCUGCUCCGAGAGAUGCCAACGUCAGAUCAGACCGAGAACAAAGAGCUCACAGAGAUGCCCCUGCAGUCCCGAUUAUUGCAAUACAGACAGAUCCAGACCCGAAACCCGCCCGCACACCUUGCCUCUGCUAACUCUAAUCACAACAGUCAGUUUCCCAACCUGAACGACAACGGCCCUGCUCUCGAAUCCGUCGGAAACCCGGCGUUCCAGCACCUCCCGCAGCAGCAACUAUACAAUCCCGCAUACCCCAUCCCAUCAGGACACACUCCGCCUCCUUCUGCCAAGUACCUGCAGCCAGAAGGCUCCUGGACGCUUCCCAGUAUGCAACAGAAUCACCUUCUGGGGCAAAGUAUGCAGUAUAAUGUUUCACAACUGCCUCAUCGAGCAGAGCCACCUCCCAUAAUGUCUCUACAGCACCAACAAAAUAGUAGAGAGGACUCGUUUCACCCCGUCUCUUCUCGGCCAGUGUCUGUCUCCUCUCUCCACAGUGUAGAAAAGUUUGAAGCCAGAGGACCUGGAAGGCCUUUGUACCAAAGAAGAAUUUCAGCCAGUUCUGUUCAAGUGUUUCCAGAAGAUUCUAGUAAUCCUCAAGGCAGCCUCGGUCAGUGUAAGGAACUGCAAGACCACAACAUCCAUUCUUCAUACAGUUACUCGUCUCCAGAGAUGUGGGCGAACGCCAACUCCUCAGCUGCCCUCCAGAACAUACUGUGCAACGGAUCAAACAGAACAGUGGCCCCGAGAGACAUGUUAGCUCAAUCCAAGAAUCUCAGACCCUCAGAGGAACACCUGAAGCCCGACCACCUCCCACAGCACCCCUCCAACUCCUUCAACUACAACAUGCUGCAGCACCUCGGCCAGUUCCCCCCGCUCCUGUCCAACAACCAGAUAGCAGAGUCCAACAGCCAGCAGAAAGCCAGCGGAAACAAACCCAUCAUGUCGUACGCCAAUGCGUUACGGGCACCGCCAAAGCCAAAACCUCCCCCCGAGCCAGCUAAGAGAAACGGCGACCCUCUGUCUUUAUUUCAGGAACUCAGCAUAGGCAGUUCGUCAGGUAGCAAUGGGUAUUAUUCUUAUUUCAAAUAAAAUAUGGUUGCUUUUUAGAUUUUAAAAUGAGAGUCAGAAACAGUCAGAAAUAUAGUUUGUUAAAGAUAUUUAGCAACUCUGUGAUGACUUCCUGGAAUAUUUUUUUUUGGCAGAUGGGUCUCAUCCUGUGUAUAUUUUACAUUAAUUUACCGUACUUUGUAGUUGAUCAUAGAGAUUACUAAAUUCAAUCUGAUUUCUUUCACAAAAAAAAACCAAAAAAAUCUUUGAUAUGCAUAAGUAAUUCUUGUAUCAGCUCGGAAAAAGAAAAAAAAAGUUUUUUAAGCAGAGCAUUAAUUUUACAGUCACUUUUUAAAAAGACUUCGCUAGCAUACAGUGCUGGGUUUCUGUAACAGAAAUUGCCAGUUUAUGUGGGGUGGGGGUGGGCUGAGGGGGGAGAAAAAUUGUGUUCAUUUCAAGCAAAAGUGUCUUCAAAAUGUGAAUUACAUUCUGAAACAUUUUGAUCAACUGAAAGAUUUUACUCUGUGUAAAGUGUUAUUGUAAACAAACAGCUUUUAACUUAAAAAAAUAGGAUAUAUAUUUGCUUAAACAUACACACAUGUAUAUUAAGAUUCAGUGUAGACACAAGCCAUUACUUUUUUAAAAAAAAAGCAGAAAUCAUUGCAGUAGACGUAAGCACACCUUGAUUACAAACUGCUCUGCCUUUUUUGUUUUUUUUGGAACAAGCUAAUGACAUACCUUUGCUCAUUGUUUUACUGUUAAUUUGAUAGAUUUUUAAAAAAUAAAAAAAGAAUCAUGAAGAUGAAAUCAAUCUAGGGUAAUGCUGGUGCUUCGUAGAAUAUUAACUUUAAGAAAAAACUGUGUGAAUUUAGUUUUAAAAAAAAAGAAAAAAAUAUUUGUUUUCACUAUGCAUGUGUAAAUGUUUUUAAAUCUGGCUUUUUUUUUCCUUUGAAGGGUAUACAGAUGUGUGUAGCAUUUCACAACUUUUUAAUGUAGUUUUAAUUUUGGUACAUUAUUUGAUUGUUUACAUUAAAAUGUGACAACGUACAAGAAAUUCUAAUAUUCUGCUAACUCUUUGUUUUGGGGAUAUGAUUAUAGAGUGACAUCACUUUUUCGUGUGUUUAAUCUUUGAGGCGUUUACUCUUUUUUUCUCCCCCCAGCCCCCCACCCCCCUCCACACACACACACACACACACACACACACCUGGAAAUUAUUAACCUUUGCUAUCAACAUUUUAGCUGCUAUGACAGAUUGUGCUACGUACGUAAUGUUCAUCCACACUUUUACCUUUAUAAAAUGCCUUUGUGGAUUUCAGUUCCUUUAGUAUUUGAUUUCACUGAUUCCCUUUAGUAUCGUAUGAGUUCUAAUGUUGGCUGGGUGGCAUUUUUAUCAGGCAUUUCUUCCCCCUUCUCCGCCAUUUCCCCCUCCCCCUACACCAUACCCAAUCUUCUUUCCUCUUAUCAAUUUCUGUUUCAUUCAUCUGGGCAUUGCAAUAGCUGCUGCAGUCAGGAAAUGUAUAACGGUUUCCAUCUGCUUUUAUUUUUCUUUUGUUCAGUAUUAAAGUAUUUAAAUUGGAUUUUUGUUGCCUGCCUUUUUCUAUAAAUUUCAGGAAACGGUGAUGCGUAACUUUUUUUGUGUUGAGGGGGGGGCCGGUAUGUCUUGUUCUGGUGUUGUUUUCCUCACCUCACGAACGUUCCUGAAAGUUGGAAUGAUGACGUUAUUCCCCCCCCAGAUGUAAAGGAAAUCGGGCAAGUCACAGGUGAGUAGGUUACUCGCACAGCACCUGAGAACUGGGAAGGUCUCCGGUAAUCCAGGCCAUUAUUUCUGUGUAAGUAACCUGUCAGGCUCCUCGGCCAGACCUGGAGAUGUGGACAUGCCCUCAACGUUGUGAGCCAGAGUCUUACCAAAUGGGAACAAGGGAGUGUGGAGGCUGCCAUUGCUUUUUACAGAUAGACUGCUAUCAUUACCUGUUUCAUGUGCACCAUAAAAGCUACAUUUGCUGCCCUAUUGCAAAGCUAAUGAUCUGUCGCACGUAACUACAUCUCGUGCUUAUUUAUUUUAAGGGCUGUUUCCGGGGAAUAAAAUCCUAAAUUAAUUCUGCUGUGCUCAGUUCAGCAGUUUCUAUAUUUGUCUCUCCCUAUACCAGUAUAAUUGCUUUGACAACGGGCUCCUGCACUUUUCUUUCAUUAAAUUCCUUUUUAAAACGCUCGAUUUCCAUUUCAAACUGGAGAAAAUGUUCCCGAGGAAAAAUAUUGAAAAUAAACGAAAUUCUGCCCGAGUUAAACUCUACACUGCACCUUGUGAAACAAUUUCUCCUGUUAGUCACUCCUCACUCACCCCUCACAAUGAAGCAGACACUUAUUUUUGAAAAUCCAUUUAUUUGUUCUUUUAUCAGGUCAAAGAGUAAAUCGAGCACCAUCACGUUCAGUAAAGAAAGGCCACACGGUUUCAGGGGUUUAAAAUAAGUUUGCGAAGUAGGCAAGGCCAAGGGAAGUCGAACAAAAUGUAGGUUUAUUUCUUAUAAGAGCAGUCGGGGUGUAGUAAGCAUGCUAUACAAUCACUCAAAUUGUAUCUGACAAUACACAGCAGCUCCAUGCACUAUUGCGUCUGCACUGGGACUUCAUUAGCAUCAAGCAUACAAAGAGCUGAAUACAUCUAACCAUGUACAUUAUCCUUUUUAAAAAAAAAACUUUUUUUGGAUGCAUUAUCAAAUUGCAGUGAAAAUGCUUGUCUCACCUUGCAUCACAGAGCGUUAAAGAAACAGUCACUACACUACAUCGUAAUUACGUGUGAAGGGCUCCGACUCACCGAGACACAACGAGGUGCUGCCAAAUGCAAAUUCUUCUUCAAAAAAGGCUGAACAGCUUAUUCAUUUCAGUACUUAUUGUGCCC